AGCGCUAGAAGACCGUACUUCCGGCCGGUGGGGGAAAGCGAGCAGAGGGCGGCGGCGAUGUCGGAGGGGUCGGAGGUGGCGCGCAGGCCGCCGCGAGCGGUGCUGGGCUACACGCCGGACGAGAAGCUCCGGCUGCAGCAGCUGCGGGAGCUCCGGCGCCGCUGGCUGAAGGACCAGGAGCUGAGCCCGCGCGAACCGGUGCUGCCCCCGCCCAAGCUCGGGCCGGUGGAGAGCUUCUGGGAGCGCUUUCUGCAGCCGGGGGGGCUCUGGAGGAAACAGGUGUUCAAAGCAUACAGCGCUGGGUCAUUCAUUUUCCUUCGGCUACUUGUCCCUGCCUGGAUUAUCCACUACUAUGUCAAAUACCACCUAUUGAUGCAGCCCUAUGGUAUUGUGGAAAAAAAGCCAAGGUUAUUCCCAGGCGACACAAUUCUGGAAACGGGCGAGGUCAUUCCCCCAUUGGAAAUCCCAAGCAAUCAUCAUUAAGAGGCUCAGAGGCUUUGAAAACUCUAAACAUAUUUUUCUUCCUAUAAAAUAUCUUGCAUAGUUGUGGAUAUAUCUAAGUAAAUAAUAAACAUAAGAUCGGU